AUGACCAUCUCCCACUACGGCGUCUGGAUCGGCCAGCCCACCCGCUACGAGGCUCAGACCGACGCCGAGGAUCCCAAGUCCCCUCACAUCUACCUCUACUUCAAAGACGACACUUCUUCCCGCAAGCAGCUCGAGGCCGCCAUCAACGUCAAGUCCACCGAUAAGGAUAGUCGCCUCGUCUACUGGUUCGACCGCAACUUCACCCACGCCAUCACCGAGCAGCUCGACAGCCUGGACCAGGGCUUCCACCUCCUCAGCAGCUCCGUGCACAGCCAGUCUCGCCGACGCCGCGAGACCACGGCGAGCAUCCAGGGGCUGGACUUUGUCCGCACCAAGGGGCUGGUGGACAUCGAUGCUGGCACGGUCCUCGGAGCGGACGGUGACCAAGACAUCCUCGAUCAGGUGGACCCCAUCCUGACGGACGCGAUCGACCAGAAGGCGACCAUCUACAUCUUCGGCUCCUCUUAUGGCUCGGGGAUCCAUGAUAUCCACAUGAAUCAGGGCAGCGAAGGCUACACGAACGGGAUCUAUGAAGACGGGGCGUUGCUAUUCAAGUUCGCUGAUGAGCAUUGGGAGGCGAUCUUCUUGGCCUUCGCGUCUCAGAAAAUCCCCACGGAUGACAAGGGUGAGCCCGAGAGUGAUAGCCAGUCGUUGGCUACGAUUUUGGGUCAGUAG